UCAAACAUCGUUAGGGAACAACGUAUUACAAGAGAAAGAUGACGGCGACUCUCCAUCCUUCGACUAGGAAAAGGAACUUCAUUGCUCAAACUUCCUCUGUUGAGCCUUCACGAUACAACUUGAGAAAAUGUCGAAAAAUAUCGGCAUCCACCAUUCAAGUCAGCUCAAGUUCGAAUCCUUUAGUGGUCCCAAAGCAUGAAGUGCUACUUACUGAGGAUUGCAAAAGCUGCGUAAAUUCAAAGUGGAAAAUACCCACUCCCGGGUCGCUGCAAAAAUAUGCAUCGCAUACUCAGGAUGAUUUGAGAAAAAUAUUUCAAGGACGAAGGCACAGAAACAUCCAGUUGAGGCAUUCUGAGGAAUCAGAUUCCAGUGAAGAAGAAGAAUCCAGUGUGGAAAAGCUUGAGGAAAAAGAGGGAUGGAAGUUAUUAAUGAAGGCCAUAGAAUCCAAACGAAAAGAGCACAAUUGAGUACUUUAUCUCUAAAAGUGUAACCAUUUGUAUAGUGUAGUUAUUACCGACACUCUAACUCUUUCACCCCCAGGGGUUAUUGGCGCCUCAAUUCUUCUUAUAACAUAGACAGGUUAUGAGAAACAAGCAAUUGUCAAAUAGGAAUUAUGAUCCUUCGUGUAUUUUCGAUCGCCAGCGAUUCGUCUAAACGCAUCACGUGAGCGACUAUUCCUCAGCUGAAACUGGGGAUAUCCGAGGAUAUCACCUAAUUUAUAUUCCCUAAUUUACAAACCUUACGUCCACUAUGAUAAGUCUUCGUUCAGAUUUUAAUUCAAGAGGAGAGAGUGUUCUGUGGUUGUUAGAAAAGAAGGAAAAUAUUUGUUUGUUAAUAAAGUCGUACGGGAGAACACUCAAACGAAAACAUCUCACGUAGCAAACAGUAAGCUGUUUGUAAAUAUUUUUUCACGCACGUUGCAAAAUACACGAAGGAUAGUAAACACAAUAGCCUCAAUUCUGCUCGUAUAUUUGCCCUUGGACAUUAUUUGUUCCUCAAGUAAGGGUUAUCGGCCUGAAGCGAGGGGUUAUGUGAUAUAUUCCCCGCGUGCGUUGCCCGAGGGGAAUAAAUCACAAAACCACGAGCUUAAAGCCGAUAAAUGGCUUAUUUUUACAUAUGCGAGGAUUCCUCAAGGAAUGCAAAAAUACACUGAAGAAAAGUGGCUCUAUUCAUGUUUGUUUUGUUUUCAACACUCCAUGCUGGCAUUAGUGGGAUUCACAAGUUUCUCGGCUUUUUAAUAAUGUUAGUUUUUUAAAGUCGCAUUUCGAAUUAGUUGUUCGUCUUGUUCGUAGGGAAUGCUAGGAACUGGCUAGCAAUGUUGAGCGAUUCAGAGUCAGAACUGUUUAUUACUCAAAGUAGUUUUAGUGGGGGCACCUCAAUUGAGGUUUAGGAAAACAACUUUGAAUCUUUAUUUGCGGGUGCAGACAACGAGAAAGCAGUUGACAAUUUUAAUUUACGCACUGAGGAUCUUUCGACCGACCUUUUUACAGAUAAAGAAGAUUCCGGCCGGGGGAUCACUACUGUAACCGACAAGGAAAUUCAGGCGAGGAAUGAAGGAAGAAUGCCACAAAACACUAAAAGGGCAACUUCAUGGAGUACACGAGUUAAGGAUGACUGGGUUACAGAGCGAAACUCGUUACCAAACUGGUUUCUUCAUGAACAGGUAAUUUAAAUGCGAGGGGAUUAUGUAUUAAUAUGCAAGGAAAUAAGUCACUUAUCCCCUGGCAUAUUAAUACAUAAUCCCCCCGCAUUUCAAUUAGCUUUUCAUUAGCCCCGCUGUUCCCUUUAAACAAUCAAGGCCGCACCCGGCUUUUCAGACAGUUGAUUCGGGGGUUAUGUAAUAUAUUCCCCCCGAAAGGAACAAAGGAAUCCGAGCUUACGUAAAAAUAAAGCACGGUAAUUCGCAAGCUUCGCUCUUGGAAAAUUUCUCAUCUUGGAACAGAUAAUGUCCGCGGACAAAUAUCUGUGCAUAUUUUUGUGCUAGAUAGAGGCUAUUGUUUAUAUCUUGUGGGAUAGGACAAGACUUUAGUAGGAAUUGCCAACGAUCGAAUUUUUUUAUUUUUAGCGACAAGUACUGGUUCUUGAGCACUAACACGACAGUGUAGUUGUCAGAUUUGUAAUUGGAAAGUGUAGUAAGACAGUUAAAGGGAGAGUUAACACGUCGUGCCUGUGUUAGUGAAUAGAAUGUGCGUGCGCUGUAGUCACAUUUCGCAGAGUUAACUGUUUUUACUUUUCGUGAAAACAUGUUACUGAUGUCUAAUUUUCUCGAAUUUUGUCAUAGUUUUGAUUAAUUGGUAACAAGACUUCGUGUCCGAUUCUGUCUGUAAUCAUACUCGUGAUAAACAAAUCGGACUCCCGCUUCGCGGUCGUCCGAUUUCACACUGAAUUGGACUCCUAUCGGUCCAAUUACUAUUAUUAAUCAUAACAUUACAAUUUCGUUAAAUGUGAUUGAUGCAUUUGCUGCCUUGUUUCUCUCUAAUUAUUUUGUGGGAACCUACAUUUAUAUCUAUAAUUAAUUGAAUAGUAAUAGAGAAAUUAUAACAUUGCACUAAAGAACUGUUUCGAAAGGGCCUCCAUGAAACUCUGACCAACUAAAGUACUCUUUAUAGGUUGAUGUUUCAAGUAUGCUUUAUCUCGUACUUGCUUGCGUGCCGGCACGCACUCGCCAGUUUGUUCCUUUAGAUUAGGGUGCCCGAGCCUUAUUUGCAUAUAAUAAAGAAUUUUUCAUGA